ACGAAGCCCAUACACUUCCUAUGCCUUCUAAUAGCAAUGUUCUUGUUAGUUGAGGGACGAUAUGGAGGCAGAAGUUGCGAGUUGCCUACCGGAGACAAUGCAGUGUCAUUAAAUGUUAAAUGUUAAACGGUGCGGUGUUCUCACUGAGUAUACCGACAACAGUGUUCGUGGACAUGUUCGCCGGUGGUUCUCAAUCUGAAGUUCUUUUUUCUUACUGAGUAUACUGCCAGUUUUAGGCUGUACAAAGGUCACCAGCUCGGCUUCAGUCUUCAGGUCAGUCAGACUAUCUGGAAUAUCUAGCUUGUUCUGCAGUUACAGGGGCCACCUGUCGAUGUGACAGAAUGACUAGCUCGGUAUUGUAGGCUAGGUCUUUCCGUUCGACGAUGCUUAUGUUUAUCGGUUUUAAAAUGGCUUUUGCCGUAAGGAAAUCCGGUUCGGCGUGCUUUACUCAUGUAGCGCGGCGCUUUGUGAACACCAGCAAUGGACCCACUACUACACCGGUGAAAUUUAAUAUAAAACCAGACAAAAGGUGUUUAUUUGACACUCCUGUGCAUAUAAAAGUGGAAGGUUUGCGCCCGAAACAGCAAGUUAUUUUCCGAGCAACACUGACGGACGAGAAACAGGAUAAGUUUGUGUCUAGCGCUCAUUUUGAGGCGGACACUCGAGGUGUGCUCGAUCUGAGUAAAUCUGCGGCUCGUGGGGGAGACUACGUCGGGGUUCAUCCCAUGGGAUUCAUGUGGGCUAUGAAACCUCAGACAGAGCUGGGAAGGUUGUUUAGAAAAGAUGUGACUUCACCCUUCAAAGUGCACCUUUCCGUGCACGAGAAAACAGCCUCCGGUAGUGAAGAGCCGAUGAUAGCUUCUUGCAUUCACGAGCGAGGGUUCAUUGGGGACGGGGUGCAAAGGAUCCCGGUGAGAGAGAGACGGAUUCGAGCAACUUUAUUUCUACCGCCCGGAGAGGGCCCGUUUCCUGGCGUUAUAGACCUGGGGGGAACAGCGGGGGGGCUGCUGGAGUACCGGGCGUGUCUCCUGGCCAACUACGGCUUCGCCACCAUGUGCCUGGCCUACUUCGCCUACGACGAUUUGCCUAAGAGGCUUCUGGAACUUCACCUGGAGUACUUCGAGGAGGCCCUGCAGUACUUCCAAAACCUGCCGCAGGUGAGGAAGGGAGGCGUGGGGAUCAUGGGCAUCUCCAAGGGGGCGGACCUCUCCCUGUCCAUGGCCAGCUUCCUGGAGGGCGUGUCGGCGGUGGUGAGCGUGAACGGCUGCAAUGCCAACCUGCAGUGCCCGCUGCACUACAGGGGCAUGAGCAUGCCCGGCCUGGGCCUGUCCAUCGACCGCGUGGUCGUUCGCGACAACGGCGUGCUCAACGUGCGCGACUGCUACCACGACCCCCGCGCCCCCGAGAACGCCGCCUGCCUGGUGCCCAUCGAGCGGGCCGCCGCCCGCUUCCUGUUCGCCAUCGCCCAGGACGACCAGGUGUGGGAGGCAGAGCGCUACGCACGGCAGGCGGAGGAGCAGCUGCUGGCCCACGGCCGGCCGCGCCCCGAAAUCCUGCUGCUGCCUGGGGCGGGGCACCUGCUGGAGCCCCCCUUCUUCCCCUCCUGCUCCGUCUCCUACCACAAGUUUGCGGGCACCUCCUUGGAGUGGGGGGGGCAGCCCGAAUCCCACAACGCCGCCCAGGAGGAGUACUGGCGCAGAGUGCGAGAGUUCUUCUGGGAGAACCUGGGGGGGGCGGUGCACAGUAAACUCUGAGCUCGCUGCUCACCCUUUAUUUGAGCUUUACGGCACAAAGCCGACCUAUCGCUGCCAUAGUCCUGCCAGAGUCCUGACAUAGUCCUGUUAUAAUUGUGACAUAAACACGCCUGAAGGGUGUCAGGACUGUGUGAGAGAGGUGGGGGGGGAGUAAGAUUGGAAGAUGAGAGGUGGGGGGCGGUAAGAUUGGAAGGCGAGAGGUGGGGGGGCAGUAAGAUUGGAAGAUGAGAGGUGGGGGGCAGUUAGAUUGGAAGGCGAGAGGUGGGGGGGCAGUAAGAUUGGAAGGCGAGAGGUGGGGGGGCAGUAAGAUUGGAAGGCGAGAGGUGGGGGGGCAGUAAGAUUGGAAGGCGAGAGGUGGGGGGGCAGUAAGAUUGGAAGGCGAGAGGUGGGGAGGCAGUAAGAUUGGAAGACGAGAGGUGGGGGGGCAGUAAGAUUGGAAGACGAGAGGUAGUGCUGUAUGGUCCAAAUAAAGUGUCGGCCAGAUUUUAGUGUGGUUUCGCUCUGUGCUUCUCUGAGGCACCUGGGGCCAGUAGACACUGUGAUCAAUGCAGCUGAAAUGGCAGGAAUGAAUGUGGCAGCAGAGGGACAUUCGUUUUAGAAUUUUCUUUUCUUUUUAUUUAAUCUUUUACACAUCGCCAAACAACAUGUACUGAGCCUUCAAGAAAUAAGUCUGGAUAUAAAUGCAGAAUCACAUAGGAAAAAGAGAAAUAGACGUAUUGGCUUUCUUAUUACAUUUAUACUUUAGAUGAUCACAAUAACUAAAAAGGGCUUUUUAAACUAAGAAAUUUAGUUUUGAAUGGUUAUGUUUGUUUGCCUUCUUAGGAGGAAAAUAUAUCUCUUCAUUUCCAGUGGCAUCUGAGUGCAGUUCUGUCCAAGCUGCUUAAACUCACAGUGUGUGUCUGUGCUUCAUCCUGCAAAGCCAAUCAUUGCUUGGGUAAACUCACAGGAGCCAAUCAGCACUAGGGCCAACUCCCAGGAGCCAGUCACCACUCGGGAAAACUCCCAGGAGCCAAUCACCACUAGGGAAAACUCCCAGGAGCCAAUCAUUUCUUGGGUAAACUGGAGUGCUGCAAGCAGGAGGUCAGUGCCCUGAAUAUGGUGUUUUUAGUCCAAAUUGCCUUCGCGUAAUUGCAUACAUUAUAUAAUGUUCGUUAUUAAUGCAAUAAAAGGCCUUUACAUGCUAAAAAGCAGGUGGACACUUUUAUUAUGUAUUUUAGUAUUUUGAAUAACUUGUGUAUUUAACAUCACAAUGGAAAAUUUGAGCUGCAGUAAAUAAAUUGUGGCAUUUGCAAAUUAAAUUGUAUUGUUUCAGAUGAA